UUCAUUCUUCUUCCUCCACCUCUGCCGACAACUUACUUGAGCGUCGGUGUGGCUGUGCUGAGGAACCCUUGACCAUCACUUUAACCUUCUUUCUUUCAUCUUCUUCUAACCAGGAUCCAACGGAUCUCUCCGUCAAUUCUCAUUGUGACUAGGCUAUUGACGACCAAUUUGGCAUCCACGUCAACUUACCGGUGGUUCAUUCAUUGGCGUUCUAGAGCAGGAUCAUCUACCAUGAUAAAUUACACAAUGAAGGGAAGUCACUUGUGCCACUUCCAUCAAUGAUCUUCAUGCACGUUUUUUAUGGUUAUUUUCUAUUUCAUUUGGCAUCCUUACGAAUCUUUCACUCCGUCUGCUGUGCGUGUUCUUUUGUGGAUUAGAGUUAAAUAGGAACGAAAUUCCAAGGUGAAAGUUCUAUCCGCUUUGAAUGAUGCACAAGGGAUACGUGGCCACGAGCAGAACCGAUGAUAUCUUAAGAUUCCCUUGGAAAGCUCAGUAACACUGCAGCCAUAAAGCUAAACCUGAAAGUUCCAAUUAUUGAUUUGUCGCUUACAGAACAAAAAUAUGAAUAUGUUGAUAAGGAUGCUUUUGAUGACACUGUGCAUUUAUAAAAAUUUAUUCCGAUAUUUGUUUAGUCAGGGUUAAAUGCAUUGUAUUUGCGAAAAAGGAAAUAUGGAACCUUUGAUUCUUGAUAAAGAUAGUUGAGGUAGAUAAGUUCACUUACAUUCAACACUGUGUCUAUAUAGAGUUAUCUUUAUCCUGCCUCAGAUAAAGUCACAAUUGCUAUCAUCCAUUCAUCUUUUAUUGCUGUGAAAUAUCUAUCUGACACUCUUCCAGAUUUUCUGCUAGAGUUUGGCAAUUUUUAUUUUUCUAAUUGACUAUUAGGAAAAUGCAAGCAAAUUGAAGGAAGAAGCAGCUUCAUUCAUCAGAGAACACAUUACUUUUCUUAAUCAUUGAAAUUCAGAAUUAUUAAGUGAGCAUGUUGGCAUACACCAUCGUUUGCAUUUCCAUUAUCUUUCUUCUAGUUGUUCGGAAAGUAUGAAAGAAAUAAGAUCCGUUAAGAUGAUGCUAUGUUCUAUUCAUUUUGAAAGUGACCCAUGAUGAGGCCUAAGUUUUCGGGAUUAUCUCUUCCAUUGAAAUAACAAAAAUGUAUCAAAAUAACUUGCUACCCUCUACAUUCGAUUUUUUUUUUUUUUGUAUGCUUAGUAUUAUGGGAGUUAGAAGGGGAGCUUUGAGAUAAUAGUAAAAUUGUUAUCGUAUGAUUUUAUAGUCAUGGAUUCGAGUUAUAGAAAUAACAUCUUGUAAUAGACUAUGCACAAUAAAUCUAAUGUGAUUCAUGCACCGGACUACCCUUUUUUUAACACUAUGGGAACUAGAUGCAUUUCUCUUGUUGGAUCAUUAAUUAGAGAGUUCUCUUGCUGUUAUUGAAUUGAUAUUUCCAAUUUUUCUCUCCAAUAUAUUGUUAGUUUAUUUAUCAUUUUUAGGGUAAAACACAAGCUUGGAUUGCUUGAAAUUUCAUAAGGGCUACGGUGAGGUUGAUUUUUUUGCAGGUAAUCAAAAUUUUCUUGAGAAAAUUAACCAAUUUUUUUUGGCAGCAUUUGAAUGUUGAUGUUGCAAUAUACAGAACCUAUGACACCUCUCUGGGACCUUGCAGUCUCUCCUUCUUUUUAUUCCUUUUGGAGGUAAUUUUUCACGCAAUUCUCAUUUUCAUGGUUGUUGGUGUUUGUGCUUAGAGCCGACUGUUCUUCCAUGGAAAAUUUUGCUGGAGCUGAUCUUGCCACCUUACAACAAUGUAUCGUUCAAGGUCAUCCAAUGGCUGUACUUCAGAAUAAGUUCUAAUCAUUAUGAUUCAUUUAGCUGAGAAUUUUACUUUUUUGCAAUAGUGCUGAACUUAGAUUCUGUCAUCAACAUUGGACAAUGAUGUAGGGAAAGAAUCGACAUCGUCGAACCAAUUAUUUAUUGCAUUCCAGAACUUUUACUCCUUUAGCAAAGUAGUGGAUGAACCAAGCACUCUAAAGAUAUCAAAACAGGGCACCAGGCUCUCAGACACAUUGCAACAUCCUACUACUAUUGGAUAUGGAAUAAAGAUAGCAUAUGAAGUGUCUAUUCUUAUUCUCAUCUUUUCUUUUCUACGUGCUUCAUAGAAUAAAAAUCCAAGAAAAUAACUUGUUUUUAUUCAAUUUCCUGCUUCAAAUCUUACAAGUGCCGUUUCUGUUUAGGCUAAAAUUUCUUCUGUAGUUGAUUCAGAUCAUACAAACGCGAACUGUGGACGGUUAUUCAGCAACUAAUAUACUGAACUUUAUUAACGCAAGUAGUGCCUCAUUGAUUCAAGUUGUUGCGUCAUGAUGUUACUAACAAUUUCCAUUACAGUCUAGGUCGAGCAUAAGUUGUUAAAGAAGUAGCUUACUGUGUGUCAGUGGGAAUCUCAUGUCCAUGCUCGUAUUUAUCAUCAUGAAUAAGGUUUUCAAGUGUCUUAUACUUUGAUUAGAAUGAGAGAGUAUCAAGUGGAAAAGUAUGUUGGGAUUGUAUUUUCCCCUUUGGAUCUUAUGAACAUGUAAAGUCCGGAACAAGAUGAAAAAAGGACUCCCAAUGCCAGUCAAUUUCGAACAAAAAAAAAAAGAUUGAGAGUUGCUUUAACCCUUGACAUCAUCAUCAACAAUGGCAAUCUUAGUUAACUGAGAUUCAAAAUUUACUACUGUUGUCUGUGAGUAUAUAUAAGUUUGAGACUAAUCUGUAGCUAAAGAUAAAAUAAUUCGGCAUGGCUAUGGAAAAAGACAUUCUUAUUCUUCAUUUUGUUAGCUAUUGAGGAUGUUAAUGAAUAGAUGAGAUGACCUUUAUUAACUGUUGGAUUGCUAUUACUUUUUCUCUAUAAACAACCACACCGUUGCUAGUUUCAAAAUCUAGUAGCUGUUGUUGUCGCCUAUCUUAAUCAUUCCACUAUCUCUCCAAGGCUAAACAGAAUACUGCCCUGAAUCGGACUUGAUUGUGUAAUCCCAGUUUUAAUUGAACAACAACACUAUGACCCAGCUGAGCGCUGCCAUUCCUGGUGAUUAUGUCACAUAUACAAGUCCUUUUCCUCCUCUAUAAAUAGCAACCUAUUGUGGCUCUUAUAACUCAUCAGCACCAGUUCCUAUUUUGAACCCCUCGCUCCAUUUUAUACUUUUGUCACUUAACUUGGUCACAGAUGGAAUACUCUACCUUGUACAACCAGAUUGCCAUGAUGAAGAAGAGUUUCUUUGAUCAGGGUUUCCUGGAUGAACAAUUUUAUCAGAUAGAAGAUCUGCAAGAUGAUGCUAGCCCUAAUUUUGUGGAGGAGGUUGUCACGUUGUUCUUCAGGGACUCAUCGAGAUUGAUCACCAACAUUGAUCAAGCCCUUGGUAAGCUUCCCCAAGAUUUUGGACGGCUGGACUCACUCAUGCACCAACUAAAGGGUAGUGCUUCCAGCAUCGGUGCUGCCAAACUGAAGAACGAGUGUACUGUUUUCAGAGAUUUCUGUCAUAAAGAAAACAUUGAAGGAUGCUUAAGACAAUUCCAAAAGGUAAAGAAGGAGCACGCAAGCCUGAGACAGAAGCUAGAGAACUAUUUCCAGUUGCUCAGGCAAGUUGGUCCUGUCGAGAAAGCUAACCGAUCCGGCAAAUAAUCAAGAGGGUGGAGAUGGAGAUUGCACAUGACAGUAUGAGUCCAUGAUAAUGCAAGUCUCAAUAUGUUUAAGCUUAGGUUGCACUCUUAUGAGUUUAAGCAAUGUUAUUAUUAGAGACAAGUUCACUUGUAAAAGCUAUAUGAUAGACUCAUUGAGGUAGCUGCUAUCUCAACUGUAUUGCUAUAAUUUUGUGCAAGGCUUUAGUCGCGAUGUUGGGACGAUUUCGGUGUUUUGAUAA